UCGCAAACUGUAUCCCGCCGAUUUUGAAAAUCUAAUCUUCAUUUAUCGGGUACAGCGAUGAGAUAAUUGAAUGACUCGUCGGAAUCGGUAACGAACCGGCAUGUACACAAUACCAGUGUACUGCAAGAGACUCCCAGCGUCACCGACAACAUGUUUGCCGUUCGCGCUGCAAUUACAAGAGCUAGUGGCGCCAUCGCACCAAUUCCUGUAACCAGUAAUGCGGCGAUCCGCUGCAAAGCUACACUUCCGGUAGUGCACAAAGAUAAACCAUCCUGUCUGCCGUACUCACCGUUCGGAGCGAAACAACCGAACACGGCCGAAUGGACCGUGGCCCGGCUGGAUGAUUUGCUAAACUGGGGCCGCAAAGGAUCGAUGUGGCCGCUGAUGUUCGGGCUCGCGUGCUGUGCCGUGGAAAUGAUGCACGUUGCUGCCCCACGGUACGAUCUGGAUCGGUUCGGUGUGCUGUUUCGUGCAUCACCACGCCAGACAGAUUUCAUCAUCGUGGCCGGCACGUUGACCAACAAGAUGGCACCGGCGCUACGGAAAACGUACGACCAAAUGCCCGAACCGCGGUGGGUCAUUUCGAUGGGCAGCUGUGCGAACGGCGGUGGCUACUACCACUACUCGUACUCGGUGGUGCGUGGCUGCGAUCGGAUCAUACCUGUCGAUAUCUACGUGCCCGGAUGUCCACCCACGGCCGAGGCUUUGAUUUACGGCAUUCUGCAGCUGCAAAAAAAGGUCAAGCGCAUGAAAACGGUGCAGAUGUGGUACCGGAAGUAGAUCAGCCAGCAAGGAUUUUCAUUAUUAAUUAACCAGCAUUCAGCAAUAACUCAUUUUAAGAUGAUUGAUAUUAACCGUUCGGUGUACGGGUGACGUGAUUAGCCAUUGCUUUUUGUACUUAAUAAAAUACUUAUUCCUAUUUUUUAAAUACCCGCUGAAUCAUAAUUGAUGCUUAUCAGUAUACCUGCUCUUCCAUGUGUAAUGAGUUUAAAAUGCCGACUCCAUAACACACGACGCAACUACACGCUGAUGCAGCAUUUUCCAGGGUUAAAAAUAGCAUGUUUAGAUAAACUCCUGCGGGAUAUAGAAUAACCGCAUCUGAUGUGAUCUGUUGUGUGGGG